GACACUCGCUUCAACCAAUGGGAGAACCAAUACUAUUAUAGGAGAUGUCAUUCCUUUGAAGGGCUGAUUUGACACCUAGUGUAUUCAAAACAUGUCGUCGUGGAAGCAAGUGACAGACGGUCUAAUAUCAUGAUUCAGAUUACCGACACGCAAAAAAUUGGGGUGGGGUUUGCAGCAUUUGGAGUGACCUUUAUCUUCUUAGGAGUAAUUCUCUUCUUUGAUAAAGGUCUCUUGGCCAUAGGAAAUAUUUUGUUUUUGGCUGGUUUAGCCUUUGUUGUUGGUUUGGAGCGCACAUUCCGUUUCUUCUUCCAGCGUCACAAAUGGAAAGGUUCAGGAGCCUUCUUUGGAGGAAUCUUAACUGUUCUUUUUGGAUGGCCUUUAAUUGGCAUGUGUGUCGAAUUAUAUGGUUUUGUUGUAUUGUUCAGUGGGUUCUUCCCCGUAGCUGUAAAUUUUUUGCGUCGUAUGCCAGUUAUUGGGCAGCUACUUAGUUUACCAUUCAUCAGUGGUCUGUUGCCUCCGGACUCCAGUGCUUGAGUAUACCAAGUAUGUGGACCGAAUAGCUGGAGAUUCCAAAAUGAAUGUAUGAGAAUGAGAGGUAGAUGCUGUAAAUACUUUCAGUGAAGACGGUUGCCAUACGAUGUUCAUGUUCAAACCCCAAGAUAUAGGAAGAACUUGGAGUCUCAAGUCAUGUGGGAGCAAUCACAAAACCUUUUCUAUAGCUCUGUCCCAUGACUUUUUCUUGUUUUAUUACUAAUCUGUAAAAGUACAAGAUAAAUUUCUGUUUGGAAAUAAUGAAUAAACACAUAUAUGAAGGUAGGUCAGGGUGUUAUACCAUAACAGGUUUAAUACCGUACUGUAUAUUUUCAUGGCUGUCUAUAAAUGUAUUACAUUACGGUACUGGUAGUCUUAGUAUGUGCUUUUUCAUUGUCUUAUGUAUUCUGGAGUCAUAUUCUCAUUCGUGUUUGUCUAACGGUAGUCUAUGAACAUUAUACAUAAAUGCCCAAAAAUGUGGGUUUCUUUUUUUCUUUUUCUUUUUUUUAAUACAAAUAGAAAGGGAGUAACUCAAACUUUAAUGUUUUAAGUUUGCCAAAAUGUGUAUACUAUUAAACAACACUGUGUUAGUCAAGGCUAUGCUUUCAAGUUUCUUUGACUUACCUUCCACUAGCACAUGUUAUAUGCACAUUGAAAAAGAGGCAGACUUACCAUCAGCCUUGCACAGUUUUAAAACAAAAGAUCAUUCUCUGUAAUGUUAACCUUAGAAUUAAGUUGAACAAAUAUUUUUCUGGAUUUUCUGGAAAUAAAAGGUUAUUGAUUGCUCUUAAAAUUUAAUUGUUAAUUUUGUAAACAAUGCAUUAUUGUAACAAUUACAGCAUUGUAAAUUUUCAUACAUUACAUGAAAUGUUUUAACUGUCAGACAUUAAAUCCUUCGUACCGUGUUUUUCUUCAAUAAUAUAGAUAUGGCCUCUAUGUGGGAAUUUAUAUUAUAUUUAUUUCAACUUGAUAUUUUGAGUUUUGUUAUUAGGUUAGUGUUAAUGAGCCAGCAAAAACAUUUGCUCCUGAGUUCUACUUAGCCCAUGAAUAUAUUUUCAAAGUCAAGAGGAACUGCCAGUUAACCUACCAUUUAUUUAUAAUUUAUGAUAUUGAUGCCUUUGCAGUCAGCUGUUUAGAAUAUGACUU